AUGCCAUCAAUCGCCCAGAGCACCGAAUCUGCACCGUCGAAUCCCAAGGAGAGAGGCGUACGCAGUGAGCGAUCGCCGCUGCUCUCCCCCAACAGCGAUGACGAAGGCUACUUUGACCAUCACGCGGUACUGGCAGCGCAGCAGGAAGAUACGCAGCAGACCAAGAGCGUAUGGUACCUGAUUCUCCUGACAAUUAGUAUCGGAGGUUUGCAGAUUGCCUGGUCCGUCGAGUUGUCCAAUGGGUCUCCCUAUUUGCUAUCCCUCGGCCUGAGCAAGUCGUUGAUGGCCCUGGUGUGGAUUGCUGGCCCGCUUACCGGCACCUUGGUUCAGCCCUAUGUCGGUAUGCUCAGCGACAAUUGCCGACUCCCGUGGGGAAAGCGGAAACCCUUCAUGGUCGGCGGGGCUAUCGCGACCAUCAUCUCUCUCAUGUUCCUGGCAUGGACCAGAGAAAUCGUGGGUGGUAUCAUGGGCCUUUUUGGCGCUGAUAUUGAAUCUGUCGCCGUCAAGAACACCAUUAUCUGCGUGGCUGUGGUUGGCAUCUACGUCCUCGACUUCGCCAUUAACACCGUGCAGGCUUCUAUUCGGGCCUUCAUUGUGGACUGUGCUCCAGCUCACCAGCAAGAAGCUGCCAAUGCCAUGGCGAGUCGCAUCACCGGCUUCGGAAACAUUGUCGGUUACAUUGCUGGCUAUAUCAAUCUCCCUACAUACCUUUGGUUUUUGGGCGACAGUCAGUUCAAGGUGCUCUGCGCCAUCGCCAGCAUUGCUCUGGCGGCAACCAUUGCAGUAAGCACCACAUUGAUCAAGGAGCGCGACCCCCGGCUGGAAGGCCCGCCGACUGCGGGCAAGCCUGGCGUAUUUUCUUUCUUCGGCAAGAUUUUCACCUCCAUCAAGCGUCUGCCGCCUCAGAUCAGGAGAGUCUGCCAAGUCCAGCUGUGCGCAUGGGUUGGCUUCUUCCCGCUCCUCUUCUACACCUCCUCGUACAUUGGCGAGAUUUACGUCGAGCCGUACUUGGAGGCCAACCCCCACAUGACGCCGGAAGAACUCGACCAACUGUAUGAGAGAGCAACUCGUAUUGGAACUUUUGCCCUGCUCAUCAACUCCGUUGUCAGCUUGCUCACGAACGUCUUUCUCCCCUUUUUCGUCGCGCCUACGUACGACAGCCAGCCACUGGGUGACCUCCCAGGAGACAGUGACAGCGGAGAGUUUGGUGAUGAGAAGGCUUCCUGGCUGGAUCGCCUGCAGAUCCCUGGUUUCACCCUCAAGCGGGCUUGGUUCGCAUCCCUGAUUCUCUUCUCGGGCGCCAUGUUCUGCACCGUCAUUGUACGUACGGUAGAAGCGGCCACGGCCCUGAUCGGUUUGGUUGGUAUCACCUGGGCAAUGACACUUUGGGCACCCUGGGCCAUCAUCAGCGCCGAGAUCAGCCGGAGGGAUGCAAAGAUUCGCCAGAGAAAGCAACGGCUCAGCAGAGGCGAUGGGCCGGCGUCACCCUCUACCAUCGACUCUACUGCCGACUCAGAACAGACCGAUAUGAGCGAUAGUGAGGAGGCAGACCAGGCCGGCGUCAUCUUGGGCAUUCACAACAUGGCCAUCGCUGCGCCUCAGAUUAUUGCUACUGUCGGAUCCAGCAUCAUCUUUAGAAUUUGGCAGAAGCCUCGCGGCACCCCAGGCGAUCACUCCAUUGCUAUCGUGCUGGCACUCGGCGGUAUCGCCGUGCUUAUUUCUUCCUUCUUCGUUGCUAGCAUCAAGGAAAGUGCAUCCUUGCCAGCAGACGCCAUGAUUGCGGCUGAGGAGGGUGAUCCCGCCACUCCCGGAAUUCGUCCUGGCACAGCCCGCAGCCGUAAUAAGAGCUACGAGCAUCUCCCGCGAGCCAGUAUCAAGCGUGCGACCCUUACGAGGAACAAGAGUUUUGGUGGUGCCGAGUAUUAA